CCGCCCUCGAGGUGCCCGGCGCCGGGGACCCGCCGCGCAGGAAGUCCAUCUUACACGCCACCGAGCACCCGUACGACGGCUCCCGCUGCGCCGAAGGCCCCGCGCGGCGCGUGUCCAUCCUGCAGAACCCUCAGCACGCGCACGGAGAAGCGGAGGGAGGCGGCCCCAUGCGCCGGCGCUCGCAGCUGCACGGCUCCGACAGCGACCUGGCGUCGCACUACUCCUUCCACUCGCAGCCCUCGCGCCACUCCAUAGAAAACGGCAAGGCGACCGGGGACGCGCUGCCCAUGAAGAAGUUCUCAGGAGCAGAGAACUUCGCCGAGAAGUUCAAGUACCACGACCCGGAGAAGUCGUGGCUGUUCCUGUUCUGCGCCAAGUGCCGGCAGCAGCCGUCGGGCGAGGCGUGGGAGCCGCCGGGCUGGCAGCGCGUCUGCCCGCACCCGUUCUGCCCGUCGUACCGGCAGUGCGCGCGCCUGCUCGCCCUCGUGCUCAUCGGGCUGCUGGCGUGGGGCGUGGUGUUCUGCGUGGUGGGCCACGCGGCCGCGCCGGGCGGCCAGCUCUUCGGCCUGGCCGCGCUCGCCCUGGCGGGCCACCUGGGCGGCUGGCUCAUCUCGCUCACCACGCUGCCCCCGCUCAUCGGCAUGCUGCUCGUCGGCAUCCUCAUGCAGAACGUCGGCCUCGUGCACAUCGCGGACGACUACGUCGAGGUGGUCUCCGUGCUCAGGUAGGCCCCGCCCCCGCGCCGCACCCCGCGCCGCAUCCCGCGCCACACCCCGCGAUACACCCAGCGCCGCACCCCGCGCUCAUGUGAGCCGGGAGGAGAGGAUGAGAGGGUGAGG